UCUUCGCUGGCUUUGAGGCAUCUAAUCGCCACUGGGAACUAUGCCUAAAGUAGUGUCCAGGUCGGUUGUCUGCUCUGACACUCGGGACCGCGAGGAAUAUGAUGAUGGCGAGAAGCCCCUGCAUGUCUACUACUGUUUGUGCGGCCAGAUGGUCCUGGUGCUGGAUUGUCAGUUAGAGAAAUUGCCCAUGAGGCCCCGGGACCGAUCCCGUGUGAUUGAUGCUGCCAAACAUGCUCACAAAUUUUGUAAUACAGAAGAUGAGGAGACUAUGUAUCUUCGGAGGCCUGAAGGCAUCGAACGACAAUACAGGAAGAAGUGUGCAAAAUGUGUGGGACUACCACUGUUCUACCAGUCCCAGCCGAAGAAUGCCCCUGUGACCUUCAUCGUGGAUGGAGCAGUAGUGCAAUUUGGUCAGGGUUUUGGGAAAACAAAUAUAUAUACUCAGAAACAAGAGCCUCCAAAGAAGGUGAUGAUGACCAAACGGACUAAAGACAUGGGCAAGUUCAGCUCUGUCACCGUGUCUACCAUUGAUGGAGAAGAAGAGAUUGAGGCUAGGGAGGUUGCUGACUCAUAUGCACAGAAUGCCAAAGUGAUUGAAAAACAGCUGGAGCGCAAAGGCAUGAGCAAGAGGCGACUGCAAGAGCUGGCUGAACUGGAAGCCAAGAAAGCUAAAAUGAAGGGGACCUUGAUUGACAACCAGUUCAAAUGACCAAGACUUUUCUCUGAGUCCAGACUGGAGGCAAGCAUUUAGAUCAAGAAGAAAAAUAACUUCUGAUCACAUGGACUAGUUUCUGUUUAUUCCCCAGGAAAAGACUUUACUUUGCUUCCCAUUGAUUCUCUUGUAUUCAGUGAGGGUUUUGAGUCCAUUUGAUCUGCUUUCUAGGCUAUAUAUUUUUCUAAGACUUUAUGUAGGUUUUUUCCUAUUUUUUUUUGUCCAUUUGAUGUAAACUUCUUCAGCUGUGUAAAACUUUAUGAAUAGAUCAGUACUUGAGUUCCUCUAGUUUCCAAAAUGACUUUUUAUUGCUUUUUUUAGUUAAUAAAGUAUUGAAAUAUUUUUGGAAAAAUAGGGCAUGUCAUAGAGAAAGGUAGCAUGAAUUAUAUUUAAAAUUACAGCAAGUCAUGUCCUUUUAAGUGACUGCCUCUGGUCUUAGAAUGGUUCUUAGAAUUGGCUAUGGUUUCAAUCUUUGUGCUGUCAGCAGAGUUCCAUUGAAAGCCAAAAUCUGCCUAAAGUUCUCUUUACUCAAAUAUUAGAGCUAUAGGUGAACCAUACCAUAUCAGACAUUAUACUUAAAGAAGGAGAAGACAGGGCUGGAGAUGUUGCUCAAUCAGGGUGCAUGCUAGGCAUGUGUGAGAUCCUGGUUCCAUCCCCAGCACCCACCACGCAUGUGUAUGUGUGUGCAUGUGUGCACACGCAUACCACACACCCCAAAAGGAAAAGCCAGAUUGUAGUGAAGGAGUUGGUUAGCUCAGAUUGAAUUAAAAAUAGGAUCUUAUUAAGUAACCAAGAGAGCUAUCAUCUAGUGGACAGCUGGGAGUAUUGCUUCUCCGUGUGUACAUGAGAUAAACAAAAUUAUGUUAGGUAUCUUUUCUUUUACAUUUGCUAUUGGGCAGAGGAAUGUUGUGCAUAUAAAUAUUUUAUCUCACACUGCUUCAGUGAUAUCAAUAUCUGUGUAUUUGUAUCCAUAUUUUAUCUGUUCCCUGUAUUACAAAGUGUGGGGUCAGAAAGCAUGUUAACCUCUGCAUAUUACCUACAAUGGAUUGCAGUUAUAGCAGGCACCCAAGACUUGUUUGUGAGGUGCUGCUGGGAAAUGGUGGGAAAGUUUUCUUUGUAUCUUUCUGAUUUCUUUAUUGCAUGGAAAAGUAGGUUGAAAUUGGGGUAGAUGUAAUUUAGCAAGAGCUGGACAAAAGAGAGGUGGAGUCCUGGGAAGGCCCAAAAUGGGCCUGUGUUGCCAUCUUCCAGGUUAUUCUCCUGCCUCCAAUGAGACUUUGCAACUGAGUCUUCCUCUCCAUCUCAUUUCCUGUCCUUAUUCUGAGAAAGAAGUAACCAUCAUGUGGAUGAACAACUAUGACCUCUCACAAUUUCUCAACCUUGACUCCUGACAAAUGGCCUCUACCUUACUUCACUUUAGCCACAAACUCCCAUGAUUACAGCCUGGAUAUCAUCUGCAUCACCUCUGAAAUCCAA